CGCUGGAGGAGGAGGAGGAGGAGGAGGAGGAGGAGGAAGGGGGGGGCGGCCCAGAGGCCGUGCGAGGAGCCGUGCGAGCGCCAUGGAGGGCGGCUGCGUGUCCCCGCGGGCGCCGCUGCUGCUGCUGCUGCUGGUGACGCUGGGCCGGGCGCCGGGGGGGGCCGGGCAGCCCAUCAGCCCCCAGGUGCCGGGGGCCCCGUGCGAGGCUGCGCCGCGCGACUGCCAGGACGUCUACGCCCGGGGCGCCGAGGCCGACGGCGUCUACCUCAUCUACCCGGGGGGGCCCGGGCUGCCCGUGCCCGUCUUCUGCGACAUGAGCACCCAGGGCCACGUCUGGACGGUCUUCCAGAAGCGCUUCAACGGCUCCGUCAGCUUCUUCCGCGGCUGGAACGACUAUCGGCACGGCUUCGGGCGGGCCGACGGCGAGUACUGGCUGGGCCUGCAGCACGUGCACCUGCUGACGCUGCAAGGACGCUACGAGCUGCGCGUGGAGCUCGAGGACUUCGAGAACAACACGGCCGACGCCACUUACGGCACCUUCGCCCUCUCGCCCCACGCCAUCAGCGCCGAGGAGGACGGCUACACCCUGCACGUGGGGCGCUUCGUGGACGGCGGCGCCGGCGACUCGCUGAGCUACCACAACGGGCAGAAGUUCUCCACCUUCGACCGCGACCAGGACCUGUACGUGCAGAACUGCGCCGCCCUCUCCUCGGGCGCCUGGUGGUUCAAGAGCUGCCACUUCUCCAACCUCAACGGCUUCUACCUGGGCGGCGCCCACCUCUCCUACGCCAACGGCCUCAACUGGGCCGCCUGGAAGGGCUUCAACUACUCGCUGAAGAAGAGCGAGAUGAAGAUCCGCCGCCUCUGAGGCCGCCGCGGGACCCCCCCCCCCCCUUUACCCCCCCUCCCCAGCCCCAGCUUGCAAUAAACCCCCACCCCAUCCGCCGGCA